UUCCUCACCCAAUGUUGCAGCCCCCUCCUUUCUUAUCUGUAACGUUUGAAGUUGCCCCUCGCUGUAAUAUUUCAUCAGCGGAGUGACUACAUCCCAGUGACAGCCAUGCAAAGAUGAACAGCAGGCCGCUUGACAACAACAACGAGACCUUCUCCGCGGCCAUGGUGGCUCCCAAGCUCAGCUCUGCCACCACCGUGGCCAGCCCCAGCGUCUCGUGGAUGCCUGACACCCCCACACCAUUGGAGCAGCCGAUUUUCCUGAUGACUACGGCAGCCCAGGGCGUCUCUGGGUUCUUCGUGUGGACAGCGCUGCUUAUAACCUGCCAGCAGAUUUACAUGCACCUUCGGUGUUACAGCGUGCCGAAUGAGCAGCGCCACAUCGUGAGAAUCCUCUUCAUCGUUCCGAUCUACGCCUUCGACUCCUGGCUCAGCCUUCUGUUCUUCACCAAUGACCAGUACUAUGUCUACUUCAACACUGUCCGAGACUGCUACGAGGCCUUUGUCAUUUACAACUUCCUGAGUCUGUGCUACGAGUACCUCGGAGGCGAGAGUGCCAUCAUGUCGGAGAUCCGCGGCAAGCCCAUCGAGUUGAGCUGUUUGUAUGGGACCUGUUGCCUCUGGGGAAAGACCUACUCCAUUGGGUUCCUGCGCUUCUGCAAGCAGGCGACCCUUCAGUUCUGCGUCGUGAAACCACUGAUGGCCAUUAUCACCGUGAUUCUACAAGCUUUCGGCAAAUACAAGGACGGUGACUUCAACGUUGCCAGUGGCUACCUCUACGUUAUGAUCAUCUACAACAUCUCCGUCAGCCUCUCGCUCUACGCACUGUUCCUCUUCUACUUUGCCACGAGGGAGCUCCUGAGCCCCUACAGCCCCGUGCUCAAGUUCUUCAUGGUGAAAUCCGUCAUCUUCCUUUCCUUCUGGCAGGGAAUGUUGUUGGCUAUUCUGGAGAAGUGUGGAGCCAUCCCCAAGAUCGCAGCGGCCGACGUCUACGUGGGUGAGGGAACAGUUGCUGCAGGCUACCAGAACUUCAUCAUCUGCAUCGAGAUGUUCUUUGCUGCCAUCGCUCUGCGGUACGCCUUUACAUCCAAGGUCUACAGAGACAAGCGAGUGGACUCACAAGGCCGUUGUGCCCCGAUGAAGAGCAUCUCCAGCAGCCUGAAAGAGACCAUGAACCCCCACGACAUCGUGCAGGACGCCAUUCAUAACUUCUCGCCUGCCUAUCAGCAGUACACCCAGCAGUCCACCCUGGAGCACGGCACGCCCUGGCACAAGGGGCACACUGUCUCUCGCACACACAGUACUGCCAGUAUCCGUGACACAGAGAAGACCCUCCUGCUGAGCUCUGAUGACGAAUUCUGAGCCUGCCCUCCAGUGGGAGGAGUUGUGGACGGGGUUGGGGUGUGUGGGUGGGGGUGGUAUGGUGUGUACCAGCAGUAAGCAGCCUCUCACCCGACUGUGUUCCUAAGCUCAGGCUGUGAAGGGCUGUCGCCGAUUACCAGCAAAAAAACUGGGAACUAGUUAAUCUGCUCAGUCAAACUAAAGCAACUGGUCUGUACAUCUGAUGGAAAUUGGCUUCCAAAUUUAUUUUAACCCAUCGAUCUGUGGUCAAAUGUGAGUUGCAUUUGGAUAUGAAGACGUGGGUCUCUGAUUGAAGGUUAAGAACUCUCCCUGGCUGACUUGGCAUUGUUUUAGAGUUUAAGCAAUUCUUUUUUUUUAACAUUUUGGGAUCGUUCUGUUUUUUAAUGUAGUUAGUCGACAACCAAAUGCUGUGGGCUCUGAGUUUGUCUUGUGGGGGACAGAUGGCACAUUGAUGAUGGGAUCUUGGGGGGAUCUUUAUCUCGGGGCCAGAUUUGGUGGUCUGUGGCCAUUACUUGGCUAUCCAUUCCAAAACACAAUUCCAUAGUGAGAGGAGAUGACAUAUAUCCAAUACACAGAUCCAUUCGUAUCCAUAGCCACAAGAUUCUGCAGAUUCUAGAAAGCUUGAACAGUGCACACAAAAUGCUGGAGGAACUCAGCAGAUCAGGCAGUAUCUAUCGAGGGGAAUAAACAGUCGACAUUUUGGGCCAGAACCCUUCAUCUGAAACGUUGAUUGUCUAUUCCCCUCCAUUGAUGCAGCUGAACUUGCUGAGUUCCUCCAGGAUUUUGUGUGUGUUGCUCAAUAUACUGUUGGUUUCUGGAGCUCAGGCAGGAGGACACAAGGGGAAUUUUACCACUUUCUUGUAUUGUGACUUUCUCUCCAAGGGAUUUAACUGGAAGUUCCCAAAGAUUCCUUCCUCUGCACAGAGUGAGGUAGGACACAGGGCAUUGUUGUUACUGGGACCUCAAAACCGCUUUCCAUGAGCGGAGCUGUAUCGGAUAAUCAUCUCCACUCUGUGCCUCAGCAACCCCCUCCCAACACCACAUGAUUCUUUCCCCACACACAUUGCUUGGGAUAUGGACCAUCCUCCUGUUUAGGCAUAACCAGCCACAUGGCGGAACAUGCAUCUGUUGGGAGAUGGCUGAGACUACUAUGUCUCCCUGGUAUCCAGUUUGGUUCCUUUCAUUUGGCUUCCUUCCCAGCUAUUAGAUGUCCGCUGAGGUUACUCUUCCUCUUGCAAUCUGGCUUUCUGACCACUUCUGAGCCAUUCUUUCUCCUCAAGGGUUUAAACUGGAAUGCUUUGCUCCUGCUUUCUGCAGGCAGUGAGUUGGGAUGCAGUGGCAACACACAAGGAAUAGUCCAGGUGCACUUGUUCUGUGGCAAGAGGCUCGCAGUAGUCAGAUCCCAGCGGGCUUUCUCCCCUUUCCAAAAAUGAGGCAAAUUAAAAAGAAAAUGCCCUGUAGAUGGAUCUGUUGCUUGUUGAGAGAGUGCCAUAAGUUGGACAUGUUGAAGAGUUACACCACCCUAAUUUGCACUAGGCACCUGAUUGACUGUGAAGUGUUUUGGGGUGGUCCAAGAAGGAUGUGAAUGAGGCUAUGGCAAUGCAGGUCUGGGUAGUUGCUUGUUUGCCCUGCAGUACUUGGCUGCCCAGUAUGGAUCUGAGUUACUAAAUCAUUAACAAGCAAGGUAAAUUUUCAUCCAGCAUCACCCACUACUGGUGUUCUGAACAUUGUAACACUGGUGUAUUUGUGUACCAGAAGCCCCCUACUUUUCUGUUUAAUCUGACUCAUUUGUGAAAUGCGGCCAGAAUUUCUACUGCUAAUUUUUAAGCAUUUCUUUUUUUAACGUUUUGGAAUUGUUCUGUUUUUUAAUGUAGUUAGUCAACAUGCAAACGUAGUGGGCUCUAUGUUUGUCUUGUCAGGAAGAGAUGGCAGAGGAUUGGUGAUGGGAUCUGGGGAGAUCUUUAUCUCAGGGCCAGUUUUGGUGGUCCAGGCUUACAGAGCACCUAUUACCCAUUGGCCCGGAUGUGUUUUCACACCCCAAAAAUUUGCCCUUGAUCAUGCCUUUCAGAAGCCACAGGAAUUCAAAGUUCAAAAUAAAUUUAUUAUACAACCUUGAAAUUCAUUUUCUUGCAGAAACCACAGAGAGAAACAAAGAAAUGUGACAGAAUCCAUGAAAAACCACACAUAACAUACAAUGCACAAAAGGGGACAAGUAAAGUGAACAAAUAAUGAGCCUGAGCUGCAGAAACCCCAAAGGUGAGUCCACAGGCUUGCCAAGUCAGUUCAGUGCUCCUUCCUGCCUCACUGCAGUAUCCCAACUUACUUCCAACCCCCCUGUGAAAGCCAGAUAUCUCAUCUGUGCUACACGUUGGCCUGACCUCAUUCUCCACCGAGAUGGAGUUUCUUUUCCUUUACUAAUUUAGAUCCUGGCAUCAUGUGCCUUAAUUGAAAGCUGGAAAGAAGGGAAUUUUUCUUCUUUUGUGGAACUGAACACUUCAUGGCUUUCUUACCCUUGUCUAUUAUUUUUUGGACUUCUACCUUGUGAGCAGUUUGGGUAACCCUCGUGUAAUUUUUUUUAACCGACCCCUCCCCUUCCCCAGAGGGAGUAGUGUUCAAGUCCUGUAUCAUCCUAAUCUCCAGUAGUCAACCAGAGCAUUUAAUUUUCUCCUUUUUAAACAGAAGGCUGUUAUUCGAGUCUACUGCAUCCAUGUCAAUUCCCAGGAGAGCAACCUACCAGAUCCAUUUUCCCAUCAUGUUAGUGUGACACUAUUAGAGCUCGGUUUGGAGGUCAGUUCUGACAUCCUCCAAGAAAGUUUGCACCUUCUCUCCAUCGGAUUCCCCGGGUGCUCUGGUUACAUCCGAUAGUCCAAAGACCUACCAUUGGUAGGUUAAUUAGUCAUUGUAAAUUAUCCUGUGAUUAGGCUUGGGCUAAAGCAGAGGCUAGCUGGGCAGCACACCUCUUUGGGCUGAUAGGGUCUGUCCAUGCUCUCCCUCUAAAUAAAAUUAAUUUCCAUAUUUCGCUGGCCUGGUAUAACAUACCAUCUUUAACCAGAAAGCUCCCUUUGAAUCAUUAUCCCACCUGCCUACUCCAGGGUAUUUUACAGUAGCCAGUCAAUUACUGACCCAAUCAAACCAAUCUUUCUACCUGGAGUAGCUCAACCCAUGGCUCUGCUGAAAAAUGCUUCUCAAAGGCAAAUGUUGCCAGGUUGAUGGUAUCAGGAGCAAGUAACUUUCCACUAAGCUGCAGAGGUAAAAUGGAUCCAAUCUUGUCUAAAUUUUGUCGCCUCCCAACUUCUCACUUCAUCCCCCUCCCCCACCCGCACCCACCUACCUUCUUCACCUAGCUUCACCCAUCACAUUCCUUCACCUCCCAGCCCCCAUUUUAUUCUGGUUUCUUCCCCCUUCCUUUCCAGUUCUGAUGAAGGGUAAACCCUAACCCUAAAGUCUGGAAUAUGGACUCUAUUCCUUUCCAUAAUGUUGCCUGACCUGUGUUCCUCCAGAAUUUUGUGUGUGUUACCCUGGUUUAACAUAUUAAUUCUUUUUACACUAACCUAGAUUUUAUUUUGUUCAUUGCUUGUAAGAGGGUAGAUAAAUCCUCAGUGGAGUAUUUGAAUCAAGGUUGUUAAGUAUUCCUUGCCCAUAUUGAGACCAUGGCAGAAUUAUCCAUCGUUAAGUAUGUGGGCUCCACAUUCACCAUGGCAAGCUAAUGAGCCCAAUGAGUCCUUACUGAGUUGUAGGUUUUUUUUUGUUUUAUAAACAAGAAUAUUUUCUCUCCUGACUGCCUUCACAGGGAGCAUCUUCCUGGUUCAAGUUCCAAUGUGGAAAGCAAUGUUGCCCCUCAAUGUUAAACAGGAGAGAUUCCUGAUUUAUAUUUUUCUUUUGGCUGUUCUGCUUGAGUAAGGCAAUGGUUUGAAGAGAAAUGCUGCGCCUUUAGUAGUCUUGUCUGUAACAAUGUUCCUGUACAAGUUGAGGUACUCUUUUAAAAUAGUCACCCUCUUGCCCCAUUCUUUGGAUGUAAAUGGAUGGUCCACUCCACGCUGUGCAUCGGGGUACAGUCUUGCACAGAUGAGAUGAGAAGAGGCUCGUGCACGUUGGUUGUUCUGUGGACGAUUAAGAGCUGUUCUCCUCUCACCAGUGAACUUUGCAGUAACUCUCCAUUUUUGGGGGUAACUAUCUUUGUUUUGUAUACUUAAAGGAUCCAGCUUGUACCUCCAGGUUUCCAUGGAGACCCUGUGGGGUAACUGGUCCUUUCCAAAUUUUUCUACAGGGUCCCAAAGAUAGCUCAGAGACUGGUGUCUCUGGGAAUGAUGGGGAUGGGACAGAGGAUGAAAAUGUGUAUUUAUGGCAUUAUGGUGUGAUAAUGUACAUAAUUAUAUAUAUUGAAAUAAUGUAUGAUAUAAAGAUGACAGAAACACCUAGUUUUGUAUCUUUAGCUGUUGUUUGUGUAUAUGAGCUCAAGGAAACUGCUUCUAUUUUGGUUCUUGUGAUGUUUCUCCUCUAAGAAUUAAUAAAAGAUCUUAUAACAAUUUA